UACAAGCUUCUUCCCCAAGCCAAAACAUGGCAAAGAAACUCACACUCCUUUUGCUAGCCAUCUUGUUACUUCAACAAGCCAGCUCCGGCGAAAGUCGGUCCAUAACAAACGACUUGCCAUUGAGCAUGGUCUCCGAUGGAGUACUCGAAAAAACUCCGAAACCAAAUUCCAUUUGGCUGCCGGGCCGCUUGUUCUCUUCAGAUAGUUGUGACCAGACAUACGGCUUCUUGCCAUGCACAACCACAGUUUUGGGAAAUACUUUCCUGAUCAUCGUUUAUGGCUACUUGAUGUUUCUAUCAGCCAAGCUGUUGUCUAAUGGAAGUGAGAUUCUGCUGCAGAUUUUAGGGCCUGGUAUCGUUGGGGGUUUCUUCCUGCCUCUUUUGAGCUCUAUACCUGAUGCCACCAUUAUUCUUGCGUCUGGACUUUCUGGAGACACAGAAACGGCUCAAAGUCAGGUCUCUGUGGGAAUGGGCUUGCUAGCUGGAUCAAAUGUUAUGCUUCUAACAAUUCUAUGGGGCACCUGUCUCCUAGUUGGCAAAUGUGACCUUGAAAAUUCAGUUGCAGUUGAUCAAAAAGAUGAAAAACGAUUUAGCUUAACUGGAUCUGGAGUGAGCACAGAUAUUUGGACAAGCUAUGCUGCAAGGAUCAUGGUUUUCUCUAUUAUUCCUUUUGUAAUUGUCCAAUUACCCCAAGUUUUUCACACAACUUCUGACAGUCGCUUAGCAAUUCUGAUUUCGCUCAUCGUCGCCAUCUCCUUCGUGAUUGCUUAUAGCCUCUAUCAGGUCUUUCAGCCAUGGAUUCAGAAGAGAAAACUUGCAUUAUCAAAGCAUAAGCAUGUGAUGUCAGAAAUUCUAAUACAGUUGAAAACAAAUGCGCUGGGAAGACUUCUUACAAAUGACGGUGAUCCUAACAAAGUUGUUAUAGAAAAGUUGUUCAAGACACUAGAUCAGGAUUCGGAUGGUUAUCUAAGUACAGCAGACUUAAGAUCUCUGAUUAUAGGAAUCCAGUUCGACGAUAUAGACAUAAACAUCGAUGAAGCAAUUUCACAAGUGAUGAGAGAUUUUGAUACAUCUCAUGACUCAAAGAUUGAUGUGGAUGAAUUUUUCAAAGGAAUCUCGAAAUGGAUCAACAAGGCUAAGCGUGUCGCAAUAAUGGAGCGUGGAAAGCUUCCACCAUCGAUGAAACUGUUAGAGGAUUUUGAUAAGAAAACAAAGAAAGAGCAGGAUCAGUUUAUGGAUCAAAUGGAUGAGGUUGUGGAGGAUGUUAAAAAUGUCAAGUGGCAUGGCUCCAAAGCAGUAGGGUUGCUGCUUCUGGGAACUAUAGUUGCUGCAGUGUUUGCUGAUCCCCUUGUUGAUGCUGUUGACGACUUCUCAACUGCUACGAGUAUCCCUUCGUUCUUCAUCUCAUUCGUCAUUCUACCUUUUGCUAGCUCCAGUGAGAUAGUCUCCACUCUAAUUUUCGUCAGCCGGAAAAAGCAGAGAACUGCUUCAUUGGCAUACUCUGAGAUAUAUGGCUCAGUAACAAUGAGCAACAUUCUUUCCCUGGCAGUUUUCUUGGGUCUGGUUUACAUUCGCAACUUGACGUGGAGCUUUUCCGCUGAAGUUCUCGUUAUUGUAGUUGUCUGCAUUCUAAUGGGUGCCAUUGCCAGUUUCCGAACCACCUUCCCCCUUUGGAUGUCUCUGGUGGCUAUGCUGCUUUAUCCACUUUCUCUGUUGCUGGUUUAUAUUCUUGACUACGUAUUUGGGUGGUCUUAGAUUCAUUCUGCAUCGGUUUUUAUGUUUAAGCAGCUUAUGGUAAAUUCAAUU